UGGCAUUUCUUUGCCUUAAUGAUGUGCUGGGCUGGCUGCUGCUGCUGCUGCCGCCGCUGCUUUCGCGGGCAGGAUGAGUAAUUGAGAGCAGCAGUUUGCCUUUGCAGGCACUCACUCUCUCCUCUUAAAGGCGCAGGCGGAGCAGCGGGACAGCAAGCGGGGGGGGGGGGCAUUGCGAGCUUGUAUUUUUUCAUUGGAUGUCAGGAUAGAGAGGUAACAUGUGAAACAAUCAGUUGAACAUUUUAAAAACGCCAUUUUGCGGGUUUAUUUGCUUUCCUGGUGUUCCCUCGGCCCUCCUCUCUUUUAUAACGCUCCAAAGAAGUGAUUGGGCGCAAUGGCCUCCAAGCUUCUGCGAGCUGUUGUCUUGGGUCCCCCGGGCUCCGGCAAAGGAACCGUGUGCGAGAGGAUCGCCAAGAGCUUUGGCCUCCAUCAUCUUUCCAGUGGGCAGUUUUUAAGGGAAAACAUCAGAGCAAACAGUGAUGUUGGCAUACUAGCAAAGCAGUAUCUUGAGAAAGGCCUUUUGGUGCCAGAUCAUGUAUUCACACGAGUAAUGAUAACAGAACUGGAAAAAAUGCAGACCCAGCCUUGGUUACUUGAUGGUUUUCCAAGGACACUGGGUCAAGCUGAAGCACUUGACACAAUAUGUGAACUGGAUCUAGUGAUAAGCUUGAACAUCCCAUUUGAGUCCCUAAAAGACCGCCUAAGUGCUCGUUGGAUUCACCCAGCAAGUGGGAGAGUCUAUAAUAUGGAAUUCAACCCACCUCAAGUACAUGGGGUUGAUGACGUUACUGGUGAGCCAUUAAUCCAACGGGAAGAUGAUAAACCUGAAGCUGUUGCUGCUAGGCUUAGAAAAUACAAAGAUGCUGCAAAGCCUGUAAUGGAAUUGUACAAAAACAGAGGAAUCCUACACUCAUUCUCUGGGACAGAGACCAACAAAAUAUGGCCUUAUGUGUAUUCUCUGGUGUCCAGCAAAAUUCCUCCACUCCAGGCCAAAGAAGCAAACUAAGCAUUUCCAAAACAAGCAAGAGUUAAUAUAACCAGAGUUAAUUUUCUAUUAAGUUUGUGGUGUCAUGUAUCUGUGCUCUGCCUUUAUAUAUAUAUAUAGAAAGCAGCUGUCUCCCUGGUUUUACUGGAGAAUAGCUGCAGAAAUAUAGUGAUAGCUAAGAACAUCUCUGAAAAUGCUAUAUGGAAUCCUAGUCCUCAGCGUAUUAAGUACUUGUGCAUGGACUUCCAAGGAAUCCUAAAUUGUUAUGCAGAGACAGCUAUACCUUAGGAGGCUUACAGAGCCUGUUGUCUGUUCCAUCUAGCCACAGCUAGUUCUUCUGCAUAUUCAGUGUGCCAUUUCAUGAAUGUUUGGAAUUGUUUUCCUUGAUCUAACACUCCACAGCAAUUUGAAAACAAACAUUUCUCUAAAUGUACCUGCAGUGCAACAAGCACUGUGGAGCAUAUAUGCAUUAUAUAGUUCAAAUAACAAAAAAUGUGUUCGAGUAUCAAUUAAUGGGGAAUGGAAAUUAUGGUUGUUUUUAAACAUGUUGGUUUGCGGAAAAUACCAACAUUUAAGAAUAUAUAUAAUAAAAAUGCUGCUGUAAUGUUUAUGGAACUAGUUUGUAAUUCAGUGGUGUGGAUUUAGGCCAUCCUGUAUACUAGGAUAUAAAUGUGGUCUAUUUUUUUUUAUCAAAAAAAGUUGCACAACUUGGAUAGUAUUAUUAUAGCCUUAAUAUUAUACAGUGUUACAGCCUGUUACUAACUGCCAAUGAGCUUCUGCUCUCUUUUUAUCACAUUUAAAAUUGUCCCAAAUUAUCUCCCAGACAAGUGAUUGUAUGAUUUAACAUAAUGACCUGUCCAGAUGAUCACUAUUAUAUUGAGCUGCUUCACAAGUCACUUGUUUGCAAAUCACAUUAAGUCAUAGUUUAACCUCUGAAAUGGCAUACACUUUUACUGUUGGUUUUGUCCAAACCAGAGACUUGUUGUUUCCUCCCAUAAACAAAUCACAAUCAAGAAACCAAGAGGAAAUCUUGGUUACGGCUUGUGAUUUGGACAGAAACAAACCAUAAACCUAGGUUCAGAUGUAAUGGCAAGCCAGAUCAUUGCUUGUUUCCUGGGCAGUGGCAAAAGCAGGGGAAGAGUGAAAUGCCUGCAAUUUUGUCAGUAUGCACUAGCAUGCUGUGUGUUCACAUUAAACGUUUAAGCCAUUUAGUUUAAUUGUGGUUUAUUGUGACAUGUGAACCAGGACAGUAAGCAACAAAUUUUCAUGACCACACAGUCUAGGAAAAACGCUGUCACAAAUGUGGAAACUAUUGCCAAUAUAUAUCAAUGGUUUGAUUAUUAGACUUGUUCAUAUAAAGACAAUCAGUUGCGAAGGCUCACAUGUGCAAAAGGAAAAAAAGUUAUGUACUGGACCAAAGACUUAGGCUAUGUACACUUUAGCCGUGUUAAAACACAGUGAGGUGGUUCUCUCCCACUGCAUUUGAAGUUGCAUUUGCAUGUUGCUGUACACACUAGAAAGGGGACAGGAAUAUCCUACCCAAAGCACAUUUCCUGUUUUCCCAUGUCUGCAACCCCCCUAGCCAGCUCCUAUUUAUGAAGUGGUCAUUGUGCAUGCAUGAUCAUUAUGCACGUGCAAUGGCUAUCUCAAAUGUACACAGCUCAGCUUAAUUGCAUAGUGGAUGUGAGUGGAGUUUUCAAAUUGGAUGGAAGCUGGUUUGAAGCAUCAAACAGCUGUAUUUCUCAAGAAACUACAGGAUAGAUGUGAGUUGUGGCCAAUGACGCAUAUGUAUGGCUUCAAACACAGGUGGUGGGAGCAAACCAGAGCCAGCUUCAAUGGUAAUGUGUACAUAGCUUUACUUCAGUUGGUCUCUCUCUGUGUGUGUUUUAACCACCUGUCUUUAAAUGAAGUCAUUUCUUUCCUGUGUGAGUUUGACCUGUUUUAAACCAAUUUUCCCUUUCCUCUAAGUGGUCUGUCUUUGUCCACAUAAGUCUUAAGAUCUCAUCUAUUAGUUCCAAUGUACUUUUCUCUGAACGCUUCUUUGCAUCAUUCACUAGAAUCUGAAUGAAAAUGAAGGUAAGUAAGCACUCAGGUCUGAAUGGAAGCAAAAUGGUCUACUAUGCAUGUAUUCCUUGAUAGCUGGCCAUUUGGAAUGUUGCUCUUGAAAUGUAUUGCUAAGUGUGCUAAGCUGACUUGAACAUUGAGCAGAUUGCUACCAAAUAAUUUUAGACCAAAAGCUAAACAGAAACACUUGAUUUUUCCAGAGCAAUUGUUUCAAAACUUUCUUUCCUCAAAGAACCAGUUUCUGCAUAGAUGUUACUUCUAAAGAAUUCCAGGAUUCCCUGAAGAUAACGUAGAAUUCUAGGUUAUAUUUUAGCUUAUGAUUUGGCUCUUGCAGUACAUGCAUGGGCCAGCCAUAAUUCACGGUUCCUGGUGUUGAUCCAUGCAAAAUGGAGAUGGUACCCUAGAUUAUUUUCAACACACUCCCUCAGAGAGCACAUUUAAUCAGAUCAGUAGUGAUGGGAAUGCUGGUCUGCCAUUAUAGAUCUCCUCACUGUAGAACCUGUAGCAAGGAAUGCCAGAGUUCUCCAGACCAGUCUUAAAACUACUGUUUCAGAUCAAUCAAAUCAAAUCAAAUCAAAUGUGCUUUAACUUUUCUCUUCACUUUCCUGCAUGUUGGAUUGGACCCAGAGCAAAAUAAGUUGCACUUAAGACCUGUUGAAUUCAGUGUGAUAUGUUAGUGGUAAGUAACUUGUAUCCAACUGAAAUCAAUAGGAUGUAAGUGCAAGUUAACUUUGUUUCCACUUUUCUAUUUCCUUUCCUGUAGUACAGGCAUAGCCAAUGUGAUGCCCUCCAGAGUUUGCUGCACUCCAACUCCCAUCAACCCUCACCAUCGACAAUGCUCUCUGGGCUGAUGGGAGUUGUAGCUAAACCUCUGGAGGGCACCAUGUUGGAUACCCCUGCUGUAGUAUAUGAAAUAGUCAAAGGCUAUUGGUUAAAGUGGGUGUGUGUCUCCUAUUAAUGCGAGGAGCACAAAAAUGUAGGCUGCUGUCCAUGGAGAAAGAGUGUGAUACUUUUCCGUGAACAGAUUGUUUUCAUGCUACACAGCAUUGAAGUAAAGCAGACUUCCGUUUGUACCACAUGGCAAAGAAAUAUGAUCUGUUCGUUCAUGGGCAGAUCAGCAGUGGUCUCAACCAUGCCCCGUCUUUCCUGCUCCUGAGCUUAAUCUCCAGUCAGCAGCACUGGCUGUGGUUGAACUUUCCCCGCUGCACUCUCCCCAUGCCUUGUUCAGCUGGUCAGAGAUUAUAGCUCAGGAGUGGGGGAAACACUGCUGGGGAGAGGCCA